AAUCGAUAAACAACGAUCACCGGCCUGACUCCCUCACCCAUCUACUUAUCCACACACUACUCCCUCCCUCUUACUCACCACUUCCCUUUCACAACUUAAACUCACUACCCGCUCAUACACCCAAACCGCCAAAAUGUCCGCCCCAUCCCAAGCCCGCCACAUCGUCAACUUCAUCACCGGCAACGCCAACAAGCUCGGCGAAGUCAAGGCGAUCCUCGAGCCCGCCAUCCAAGUCGAGAACCAGGCGCUCGACCUGCUCGAGAUCCAGGGCACCUUGGAGGAGGUCACGCUGGAUAAGUGCCGAAGGGCUGCUGAUUUGGUCCAAGGCCCCGUUCUCGUCGAAGAUACCUGCCUCUGCUUCAACGCUCUGAAGGGUCUUCCCGGUCCUUAUAUCAAAUGGUUCAUGAACUCCCUCGGCCAUGAAGGCCUCAACAACCUCCUGGCCGCCUACGAGGACAAGUCCGCCAAGGCCGUCUGCACCUUUGGCUACUCUGCCGGUCCCGGCCACGAGCCCAUUCUCUUCCAGGGCAUCACCGACGGCAAGAUCGUUCCUCCUCGGGGUCCUCCUCACUUCGGCUGGGACGCCAUCUUUGAGUAUGAAGGCCAGACAUACGCCGAGAUGGACAAGACGGAAAAGAACAAGAUUUCCCACCGCGCCAAGGCUCUGGCCAAGUUGCAGGAGUGGUUCGCUAAGGAGAUGACCGCUUGAAUAUUUUCUAGAAAGUGAGGAACAAAUUAAGGCAGCGGUAGUAUAAAACAAAAAAAAAAGCAACGCCGGUGUGAGGAAAAGACAAAGCUGUGACGACAAGGCUGUGAUAACCAAAACAAACAAACGAACGAACAAAAACGCCGCUUUGAAAUGCAGU